AGCCAUUCGAGAUCGUUGUUGUCGCCGUAUAAAUAUUCUACGGUAGUUUGUAUACAGCGUCAGUUGGUUUGUAGCGCUCAUUAUAGCGGUUUGUGAAGUUCCAAGAAUUUUAGUCUCAGGAGAUCCAAAAUGUUCAAGAUAAUUGCUUUGGUUGCCUGUUUGGCGGUUUUCGUUUCGGCCGAAUACUAUCUGGCUGAUCACCACCACCACGAUGAUCACCACGUAGAUUACCACGCUCAUCCCAAGUACAAGUUCGAAUACGGCGUCAAGGAUGCCCACACGGGAGAUCACAAGAGCCAGUGGGAACACCGGGAUGGGGAUAUUGUGGUGGGAACUUACACCUUAGACGAGGCCGACGGAACUCAUCGGAUUGUGACCUACAACUCGGACGAUCAUCAUGGAUUCCAGGCUCACGUGCAGCGGGUGGGACAUGCCCAUCAUCCGCACGGCGAGAGCUGGAGUAACAUCGAACAGCAUCACUAGGAAAUGUUUUAAGUGUUAUCAUACUUAUUCGAAUCAUUUGUUGUUAAGUGCGCCCAAGUGUGCGAAAAUGCCAAAAAAUUUUGCGAAUAAAAGGUUCCUCGCGAGAUGAAAUUGAAA